UGAUUUGGAUUGAUUUAUAGGAUUUCAACUGUUCCGUAGAGUUCUUCCGAUCGCCUUUCCUAGUUCAAGAAUGGGAAAUGCCAGACACGAAUGGAUCAAAGAAGGAAACACUUCGUCUCGACAUAGUUGAGAGAUCGUUAGAUAAAUACAAGAAUGCAGAUAUCAUCGUCUUCAACACGGGACACUGGUGGACUCACGAGAAGACUUCAAAAGGAAAGGAUUACUAUCAAGAAGGUAGCCAUAUCUAUGACGAAUCGAACGAUGUCGAGGCAUUUCGAAGAGCUUUAACAACUUGGGCAAGAUGGGUUGAUGCCAAUGUAAGUCCUAAGAAGACCCUGGUUUUCUUCAGGGGCUAUUCUGCCUCACAUUUCAGUGGUGGACAGUGGAAUUCAGGUGGGCAAUGCGACCAUGAAACUGAACCCAUCAAGAACGAAACCUAUUUGAAAACGUAUACGCAGAAGAUGACAGUGUUAGAGUCGGUAUUGAAGGGGAUGAGAACGCCAGUCGCCUGGAAGUGGUGA